GGCAGCCCCAAGGGAAACCGAUUGCUCAGCUCCGAAAACGCCCGAAAAGAAACAAUAACAGAAACUGUUGAGCCAAUCCGGAAUUCGCGGAAUCCAGAAAAUCCAGUCGCACCGCUAGCGCCAUGUCCACCUUGAACCGGCCCAAGUCCCCGCACACGCCCACCGCCAUCAAAAAGGGCGAGAAGGAGGACAGUUUCUGGGACAAGUUCAGCACUUUGGGUCGCAAACGCGGCACUCGCGAAGUGAAGAAGGUCCAGGAGGAGGGCAAGUACGCCAUCGACUCACCGGGCUCACCCAGCCAGUAUGACAUCCCGCCCGAGGACUACGCCCUGCGCGAGCACGAACAGCGCGCCGUCAUCGAUCCGCAGUCCAUCAAUGAACCCGAGGUGAUCAAGCUGCAGCGCAUCCUCGUCGACUGGAUCAACGACGAGCUGGCCGAGCAGCGGAUCAUCGUCCAGCAGCUGGACGAGGAUAUGUACGAUGGCCAGGUGCUUCACAAGCUAUGGGAAAAGCUCACCGGCAAGAAGCUGGACGUGCCGGAGGUCACUCAGUCGGAGCAGGGCCAGCACGAGAAGCUCAACAUCGUCCUGAAAGCCGUCAAUCACACACUUGGCUUUCACCAGAAGAUCCCCAAAUGGUCGGUGGCCAGCGUGCACUCCAAGAACAUUGUGGCCAUUCUGCAUCUGCUGGUGGCUCUGGUGCGUCACUUCCGGGCGCCCGUUCGCCUGCCGGAGAACGUGUUCGUGACCGUUGUGAUUGCGGAAAAGAAUGCGGGAGUGCUGAAUGCGCAAAAAUUCCAAGAGCAGAUUACUUCCGAGUACGACGACCUGGGCAUGCGCUGCGAAAAGGACGCCUUCGACACGUUGAUCGACUGUGCGCCGGACAAGUUGGUCGUGGUGAAGAAGUCCCUCAUUACGUUCGUGAACAAGCACCUGGCCAAGCUGAACUUCGAGAUCAGCGAUCUUAAUACGGACUUCCGCGACGGCGUCUAUCUGUGCCUUCUAAUGGGCCUGCUCGGCGGCUUCUUCGUUCCGCUGCAUGAGUUCCAUUUGACGCCGCAGGACGUCGAUCAGAUGGUCAGCAAUGUGGCCUUUGCCUUCGACCUGAUGCAGGACGUGGGUCUGCCCAAGCCAAAGGCGCGGCCCGAGGACAUUGUCAACAUGGACUUGAAGUCCACCCUGCGCGUCCUCUACAGCCUGUUCACCAAGUUCAGGGACUAUGCCUGAGUGGCAGCCAAAUGAAGCAAGCCGCAAAAAAGCCAGAGGAGCAGCAACCGGCGCAAAUUUUACAUUUUAUAUUAACGUUUUUUGUAAUGUUUACACGCUUAAUUUAUGUGCGUUCUAAAGCAUGAUUGUAAACGGUGCAGCGUUGAAGAAAAAUAUCCUAAAUGCACUCUCGAACCUGCUGCACCGUUCACAGUCAGCUGAAUGAAUGAUUUUAUAUAUAUUUAUAAACAUAUUUGUGUCGUACGUCUAACCACUGCCAUAUGCCCGGACGCAGUUUGUCCGGAGCAGGGCAGAGAAGAGCUAACCCACACCCAAAACCAAACCCGGCGGCCAGUUGUUAACUUGUCUUACUCACGUGCCAGACGUAGUAGUUGUUACUAAGUGAAUUUACUGUAUUAAUACACAAUAACCAACCGACAAUGUGCCUUUAGAUCACACCGAGCUUUUGCGAAAUAUGUCACAGAUCAGAUCAGUUUACGGAAAAGUCUUCAAAAAAAUUGUAUUGUGUACGUUAAAAAUUUGGAUUAGAAAAAUCAAUAAAUAUUGCCAAUAGCA